AUGGAAUUUUCUCAAACUCUUCCUGUAAGGUUUUACGAAUACUGCCGCGCAUUUGAAGAAGAAAUAGAAUAUUGCUGUAAAAGUAUUAGCAAAGAAUUUAUUUCCGAAGCUAAUUUCCCUCCAAAACAGUACAAUAUAUAUCAUUUACAAGAAACAAACCAAGAGGUUUUUGACGGUUCUGCAGAUAUCAGAUUACCUCCCUUUACAGAAGAAAUUUUGGAAAAACCACCGAGAGACGCCGCAAAUUUCCGAGAACGCCGCAGGAUGCUCAGUAUCAACUCUGCGUUUGAAGAACUGAGGCUUCAUGUGCCUACUUUUCCGUACGAAAAGCGUCUUUCUAAAAUUGAUACCUUGCGUUUGGCCAUAGCUUAUAUUGCCCUUCUAAGAGACCUUCUAGAAGCUGAUGUGGGGGAUCCAAUAGAGUAUGUGGAGCGGAUACUAAAUUCUCCUGAUAUUCCAAGGUCUCAAAUACUAUGGAACACAAGUGAUCUAACGGCCAGGAUUGCAUGGAUCAAGUGGGAAAGCCUAGGCGUUCACCGGAGAAAGAAAUCAUCGUGUCAACACCAAAUAUAA